AUGCAUUUGUCGGUCCCCGUCGGAUUUGAGCACAUUCGGAGUCCAUUGGAGUACGAUAGUGUGUGCACCGUUGGUGUAAAAAAAAGAAAAAUAAGUAAGACGUUGUACCGCAUUCCAUGGAGGGUGGUCAGUGGCGCGCACGACCAGUUCCUCGGAGCUGUGCUCUGUGAAUUCGCGUCAGAAUAUCAACAAAACAAGAGGACAUUAACAAGAACAUCAGCAAAGGGAGUCUGGUCAGCUAUUUUUGAUCUACUGCAUCAAGUAAUCAGUCAGUUCUGCUCUUUCGUCGAUCUAGGCAUCUACUUCUGGAUGGCCGCAAUGAAGCCCAUCCUUGCAGCAGCGAACACCGCCGUGCGCUGGACUCACUUCAGAAAGAACCCUUACAGAGCUAUCAGGCUUGAGAUGUUUACAUUUUUCAAUUCACAUAAACAGGCAAGUGAUACUCGGCAGGUCACGUCACAUUUCGCGAUGUCGGACCAUUUAGGUCAUCAUCUUUCGUGUGACGAGUCAACAAUUUCACGAACCCGUAUGUCAUUGUAA